GCCUUGAACUACGUACCCCAGCAGACAAACGCGACGCCCACAACAGGACCCCGCCAACCUGCUGCCCAGCAGCAUCACGUCCAGUACGACUGCGCGACGAUUCUUCGCGGCAAUCUUGCCUAUUGCGCGCUGAUUGACGCGGUUUUCAUCAUUUAGGAGCGCGACUUGCUUGGGGUUCUCUAAAUCUCAGCUCCGGCUUCUACGUCUCAACCACAUGCUAUCUGUGACGCGCCACCCAUGACGACCGUCAUUCGCACCCGUCAUCCGUUGCAAGUCAUCAGAAUGAGCAACGAGCAGCCAGCACGAAGGAAAAGCAAGCGUCUUGCAGAAACGGCGGUAUACGACGAGCAAGAUGACGACUUUCACUUCACCCGCGGAUCGAGAUCCAAACGAGUUAAAAACGCAGAAUCCGAGCCAGAAGCCGAACCAGAGCCAGCGCCACCCCCUGCGAAAAAGUCUGGACGAGGAAGACCGUCAAAAGGACGCGCUUCAGCGGCUGCAAAGGCUCAUGAACAGGCGCCAUCGGUAACGACGCCCAAGACCGCGACAUCAUCGAGACCACGAACGCGUCGAACAGCGAGUUUACUGCCGGUAGAGGAGGACGAACCACAACUGAUUGCGCCUAAGCGGACGACGCGUCGAAGCAGUCGCAACCUGACGGAGAAACCGGAGAAGGAAAAGCCGGUCAGAAGACCGGCGACUGUAGCGGAAGAAGAUGAUGAAAUGGCAAUUGUGGCACCGAUGGAAGUGGAAAGACAGAGAACGCCGCGCGUCAUGGAAGAGCCAGUUGAGUCGGCGAAGAUAACACUUCCCAUAAGCGAUACGCCAGUUAUCAACCGCAACAAGGAAAUGCGGAAAAAAGGAGGUGGUAAUCGGCGAAGCAGUACGGGCAUGCGCGGCAGGAGAGCAAGUUCUUUGAUCGAGAGCGGACACAAUGCGAUUCCCCAUCGGGAGGUUGAUUCGGCGGAGUUCUACAAGCAUAUCGAGUCGGAAGGUUUAAUGGAGCCGAGGCGGAUGAAGCAGCUGUUGACCUGGUGCGGCGAACGAGCGCUGCUGGAAAAACCACCGCACGGUCAAGCGGAUUCUAAUACAGUACUGGGUGCUCGUUACAUCCAGGAGCAAUUAUUGAAAGACUUCUCCACGAAGUCAGAAUUUUCAGACUGGUUCAGUCGGGAAGAGGGGCCAAAGAAACCUGUGGUGUACCAGCCAAAUCCACGCAACAUCGAGCACCAACAAAAGAUCGAGCAACUGGAACAGAAAGUCAAGAGGCUAAAAGAAGAAAAGAAGAAGUGGCUGGCGCUGAAGAAAUCGCGCAUGGACAUACCACCACUAUUUCCGGAAACAGACACGGCACAAACAGCAACAGUCGAUGCAUCAGUGCUCGAAUCAAACGAGGCUGAAAUGCUCAGUUGGCUCACCAAUCCGACGUCUUCCUUUGAAAACGUCCGCGGCAAGACGCUCACACGCCUUCAAAACACUCAGUCAACACUGGAGUUUAAGGUGGACCAGCUCGCAGACGGCAUUCACAAGCUCUCGCAACGAGUCGACACGGCAGGCCGAGAAGCGGAUAAGGUACUCUCUCUCAGCGCCGCAAGGCUCAAGGAGCGAGAGACGAGGGAGAAGGCCAACGCGGGCACCAAAGAAAUGCCUGUCAUGGAGGUGCUCCGCAGCCUAGGCAGGAUAUUACCAGAGGGCGGGGAGUAAGGAAUAAUGUAUACACGAGCACCCCCUUCUCUUCAUGAAGAUAAUGACCGGUAUGCGAUUGUGUGGCUUGGAGGGGCUCAGUCUCCCCGUGUUUGCUUUUUCCCCUUUUGUUAGGCUUGAACAGGAAUCAUGAAGCCUUGUGGAACGGAUUGGGCUGGCGAACAAACAUAUAGUUCUUGUUUUCCCCCCUGCUUGAUGCAUAGUAUGGAUUGGGGUUUCGGGAAGGGGUGUUAGGGAAGAUGUGACGGCAGAUUGCAUCUCGAUUGGAGUUUUCAGUUAGCCAAUACCCACGUCGUCUUUUGUCAAGCAGCAUCAUUGCGUGCUUUCGAAUGUUGAGCUCACGACAAGCUUUAUUGCCUGCUCAGCUACUUGACCAGGCCGAACAACUGCAC